UCUGUAGUAAGGAAAGCUAAACUGUGCAGGGCUGGUGCACCAAGGAAUGGUUUUAAAAACCUCUGCUCCAGGGAAGUGGUCAUCAGUCAUGCUCCUCAAGCUCUACUUUACCAGAGUUUAGGUCUUAAUACUACAACCUAAUACUGAAACAGCUAAUAAUUACUUGAAGAAUAGGUUGGUUGGGUCUAGGGUGUUUAGCUGAGACAAAGUCCAGAAGGGUUUGUGACCACUGGUCUAGGAGUAAACUAGUGAGAAGUAACUUUUCAAAUUAGUCAGAGAUUAAGUUUGAAAAAUUUUCACUAUUUUUGACAAUUCAGUGAGUUACCACUUCAGGUAUAGAGUGUCUUAUAUAGUAAUGCUAUGUACGUUUCCUUACAUCUGUCACACGUGAAAGGUACGUCAAAUUAACGUGCGCAAAUAAGUAUCGACGAAAUGUAACGAAAUCUUGCUAUCGCAUUUAAUAUUAUAGCUAGGCUGGCUAGCUAGCAAGCACGCAGCAAGUCUCGUAGUUUUUAAAACGACAUGGAGCUGGUGCAUGCAGCAGCAGCAGGAUUUAAAAAUGUCUCUGAUAAUGUUAAAACUAAGUAACCAGUAUCGUCACUACCAAAUUAAACAACACCUACUUAAAUGCAACACCUACCUAAAACAGUAGCUAGUUAGCUGUCUGAAACGCGAUGCGGAAAUAGCGCGGUAACACAAAUCUCGCGAGAUGUUGAUCCGGUCCGCACUUUGUCAGCAGUCGCUCGUUCCUCCAUUUCGCUGCGUCGAAAGUCUCCUCCCCGCAACCGCUAGAUUCAGCGAUCCAAACCCAGUCUCUCUCGGACCGGUCUUUAACUUGCUCAAACGAACCUGCCAGUACCUCGUUGGGUACCGAGAGGUAGUUUGGAAAACUCCAAUCACGGAUUGAGUGCGAUUUAACGCGGAUGGCGACUCCUUCAACGAGAAUUUAGUAAAAGAAAAGUGCUCGGAAAUUUCAGGUUUUUUCCCCCCAGAUGCAGUGGUGUCUUUGAUCUCAGCAUCCUGGAAGUGGAAAAUACAGAAGAGACUGGGCCUACACCACAUACAGGUGCAGUGUGUAGCAGAAGCAGUCCAGAAGGAGGAAGACUUAGGGAGGAGGUGGUGCAGCAGCGCACCCCUCCGGCUGUGGCUGUGCUGGGUGGCAUCCCUGCGGCUACACAGAAUGUGGCCGGGCCACCCCAGCAUGUCCUGCAGCCGGUCCCAGCUGCCUCACUACCACCACCACCACUGCUUGGCCCUGCCACAGAGAUGGAGCAGCAGAAAGCAAACACGCAGGCUGCAAAUCAAGAGCAGACCACAACAAUGGCUUGGCAAAACUGCAACACCAAGGAGCCUGAGGAGAAGUCAGCCUUGGACCUUGGACAACCCGUGGCUAUGGCUGCAGGAAAUUCACAAAAUCUCUCAGACAGACUUUCAGCUUGUGAUACAGGCAAUGUUAGAAAAGGGCAGGAUUUGCAUUAUAACACUGAGAAAACAUGCCUUGAACACAGGGAGACAGAAAUGGCAGAGGGAACUGGCCAUUGUCAGGACUGGACCCCUAAGCCAGGAGUUGCAGUUAAGAUGGAAAAGGGACCUCUGGCACCAGAGAAAGCAUAUCUGGAACGCAAAUCAAAGACUAGUAAAGAGGAACUAUGUGGAACAAAGCACACGGCCAGACAGAGCACCUGUAUCCCCACACCUCAGUCCAGCUCAGCAGUCUCCACUGCACAUAAAGCAACAGACAGAGACCACAAGCAGCCUGGAGACACAGAGCAGUUCCAACCUGCACCAUCUCUGCAGUCAGCUCAGGGCAGUUUACUGCUCGAGUCUGGUGUCCAGCAAAUUGUGCAACAGCCUCUUACAGCAACAAUCAUCACAGCCAAUGCAGAAAUACUUAAUGAGUUUAUUAAUGCCAGUAAUUCCAUGGAUGAAGUCACAAAAGAGAGACUUGCAGCAGAUGAAGAAGGGAGUGUUGAUUCAAGUUCAACGUCACCUGAAAAAGAAUCUGUGUCUAGACUACCUGUUCCCACAGGAAAUGGAAAUGGCACCCCGAAUAACACAGAUGAGGAUGAUGGAUGCUUAUCUAAAAGUCUCCAACAACCUUCUGUUGUUGCAGUUUCUACCCCUAAUGCUGCCUUCCCUGAGAAAACACCCAAUCCCGCUAACCAUCCUCAGAACGCACAUGUUACACAAGCGAACCAGCUGAGCCCUGACUGUAUGAACUGUAGUGCAACCCCUAAAUCUGUUUUAACAAGGAACAAGACUAGUGUAAGUGGGGGGAGGGAGAUUAAGACUCUUUCUUUAGAUGGAGCAGGAGUAUGUUAUGAUAUUUCUGUUAAUGAACCAAAGGUGUUGGGGGAUGAGACAUGCUCUCACAAUAUACAGGCCCCCAUAGUGACUGAGGGGUCCCAUGUGGUUGCUUGCAGUGCAUCACAUGGGAUUGCGAAACAGAAUGACUGUGCCAAAAGUAUGCAAAUGAGUCCAUAUCAAGAUCACCAGCCAGAUGGGAGCUAUAUACUCUUAAACAAAAACAAAUGUACAAAUUCAGAGGGGCUAGACUCAGAUGAGCCAUGUCUCUCUCAGGUUAAAAAUGACUGUCUGAUCCAGCAAGGCCAAGAAUCCAUUCUAGUAGAUCAUAAGCUCCCACAGAUGGAAUGCCUAAAUGAUGGCAUCUCAACAUCUGAUAAUAUGAAUGUGGAUGAAAAGCAUGGUGAGGGUUCAGAGGCUUUCUCCGGGCUAAAUGCUGUUGAAAUGAAAGAUUUAAUUGACGUAGGUAUUCUAGUGCAGCCGGGGAUGGAGGACACGUGGUUAGUGGUAAGUGAUCACUCUCCACUGAUAGAUGGGCAGUGUCAAAGCACAGAGGAUGCUGAGAUGAUUGACGUUAGCACAGAAGCUAUGGGGCACUGUCCUGAAUCACAGACAUCUGUUGCUGUCUAUGAAUGCACAGUACCCUGCUUCCCACCAGAUGCUAUUCAUGAAGCUGCUAAGCUGCUGUUACCAGAAAAAGGUGUAGAAGUACCUGCAGAUAAACAUUCUUUUGAACCUUUAACAGAAACAUUGACACAAGACCUUGAUACUCUCUCCUCUCAUCCACCAACCAUUUUAACUUCACAGAAUGUUUUAUCUUCCUCAACCUCUUUAACCUCUUCAGCAAAUAUCUGCAUGCAAAAUAUGAUUUCAAAACCCGCAUUUUGCUCAAGUGCUGAGAAUACAAUUAAUGUGUUAGAUUCUACCCUAAUCAACAGCCCUACUGUUGUGCAAGAGGAACAAGUGAAGUCCCCAGAAAAUAAAUCAGAUGUGUCUCAGAUUUCUCUUUCAUCAAAUGUUAUUGAUCCAAAGUUGCUUAUACUAAAGAGAGGUGAGGCUCUCCUCAAACAACCUCCAAUGUUGGCUCUAGUAUCCAGGAACCAGAGCCCAUCUGGUACCCCUAGUGAUUGUCUAGAUAGAGUCUCUGUAGAGUGCCUUUCAGAAUAUGACUUAACUACAGAGGUUGCAGCUGAAAAGGCGGUCCCAGCACCUCUCAGCUUUCAUGUGCUAAAUGCUCCCUGUAAUGUUACUGGUUCAUCUUCAAAGGAUGAGUCUAAAAAACAGGCCUUAAUCAAAUCAGAACAUUGUCUAGCAUUUCAAAAACAGAUUCCCCAAGAUGAACCUCUCUUAAACUCUGCUUCAUCUACCCAAAUUCAGACCCAUAACUCACCAAGACUGCCUUCCAGGUCAGGCAGUAUGUGUAGUACAAUCACUGAUCAGUCUGAAGGUCCUGCGAACCAGCCAUGCCAAGAUUCAAUGCUGUUGGAGGUGGAGGAAGAACACUCACCAGUUCAGCAUUUGGCAGAAAUAAAGGAUGCACGGGACAACACUAUGGAGCAGCUUGAUGCUUCUAUAGGAGAGAGCAGUGAGGGAGAAGCAGAUGGUUCUUUAGAAGCCCAGACCAAUGAAAGCAUUGUUAUUCCCAGUCCAGCGCAAAAUAAGCAUGGACAGAGCAGGACAGACACACAGGCCUUUUUAUUGAAGGUUCGCCAAUGGAUAGCAGGCAGAGGUACAUCAAGCUCCACUCCCUCCACUUCUCGUACACCUUCACCACCUCCUGCUUCCUCUUCUGUAGACUGCAAACACACUCUGCCUUCUCCCCAGAACUCUGGUGGAGCCUCUCAAUCAGAUCAAACACUCAGCCAGCGGCCUCGCUCAGAGAAGCACACAGAUAUGGCAGAGCUCGCCAAACAUGAAGCAGAGAUUGAGCAUCGGACACUUGCGCUGAAACGUGAGGGCUUCUGGUCCCUAAAACGUUUGUCUCGCGUGUCUGAGCCACUCCGGCCCAAGGUUCACUGGGAUUACCUUUGUGAGGAGAUGCAGUGGCUUUCUGCUGACUUUGCACAGGAGAGGCGCUGGAAAAGAGGCGUAGCGAGAAAAGUGGUACGGAUGGUGAUGCGGCACCAUGAGGAGCUACGGCAGAAAGAGGAAAGAGCAAAGCGUGAGGAGCAUGCUAAACUGAGGAGGAUCGCUGCUUCCAUCGCAAAGGAAGUCCGUGCUUUUUGGAGCAGUGUUGAGAAGGUUGUGCAGUACAAACAGCAGUCUCGGCUUGAAGAGAAACGUAAGAAGGCCCUGGAUCUGCAGCUGGACUUCAUUGUCGGCCAGACAGAGCGCUACUCUGACUUGCUUAGUCAGUCAUUGCAAGCCACACCUGCAGCCCCUACCAGUGUUCCUUCCCGACACAGUCAGCUUAACGGACCUGAGGAAGAUGAUAUUGACUUUGAACCACCAUGUGAGGAGGAAGAUGAUGAAGAGACAAUUGAGGUGGAGGAGCAGCAGGAUGGGAAUGAUGCAGAAUCUCAGAGAAAGGAGAUUGAGUUAUUGAAGCAGGAGAGCACACUGCCACUGGACCAACUACUAAGUACACUCACUCUCCCCCAGGGCUCUGCAUCUGAGGAUGAAGCGUCAGAUGAUUGUUCCUCUACAGUUGAAGAUGAGGACAAAGAGUUUUCAGCUAAUGAGGAAGAUGCGGAGGAUGUGGAGGACACCAUUGAAGCCCAGGAGGUGAUUGAGGGAGAUGGAGACCAUGCAGAGGAACUUGAUGACUUGGCUAAAGAGGGUGAGAUGAGUAUGGAAGAGCUGCUAGAGAAGUACAAAGGGGCAUAUGCCUCUGACUUUGAAGAACCUUUAGCAUCACCAGAGUCCUCAGAGGGAUCAGAGGGAACUGAAGAUGAAGAAGAGGAAGAGACUGAGGGGGAUGAAAGUGAUGAUGCCUCCUUAGAUUCAGCAGAAAACAGUGAUGAAGAUGAGGAUGCUGAAGCUGAGGAAAGUGAUGAGGAGGAUGAAGAUGAUGGAGGAGAGGGGAUGGAGGUUUUACUAAGGGAGGGAGAUCACAGCCCCUCUGUCCCCACAUCUCCACGUCCCAAAAAAGAGAUUAGCCAUAUAGCUGCUACUGCUGAAAGCCUUCAGCCUAAAGGAUAUACCCUGGCCACAACAAGUGUGAAAACGCCUAUUCCGUUCUUACUUCAUGGCAACCUACGUGAGUACCAGCACAUUGGACUAGACUGGUUGGUCACCAUGUAUGAAAAGAAGCUAAAUGGUAUCCUGGCAGAUGAGAUGGGACUUGGUAAAACUAUUCAGACUAUUGCCCUGUUGGCACAUCUGGCUUGUGAAAAAGGUAACUGGGGCCCUCAUCUAAUCAUUGUGCCCACCAGUGUAAUGCUGAACUGGGAGAUGGAGCUGAAACGCUGGUGCCCUGGCUUUAAAAUUCUCACUUACUAUGGCAGCCAGAAAGAGCGCAAACUUAAGAGACAGGGGUGGACCAAACCCAAUGCUUUCCAUGUGUGCAUUACUUCAUAUAAGCUGGUUUUGCAAGACCAUCAGGCAUUCAGACGCAAGUCCUGGAAAUACCUCAUUCUAGACGAGGCACAAAACAUCAAAAACUUUAAGUCCCAGCGUUGGCAAAGUCUAUUAAACUUCAACAGUCAUCGGCGGCUACUACUUACUGGUACUCCGCUGCAGAACAGUCUGAUGGAGCUGUGGUCGCUCAUGCACUUUCUCAUGCCGCAUGUCUUCCAGUCCCACCGUGAGUUCAAGGAGUGGUUCUCCAACCCACUGACUGGGAUGAUUGAAGGCAGCCAAGAAUAUAAUGAGGGUCUUGUGAAACGGCUGCACAAGGUGCUAAGGCCCUUCUUGCUCCGGCGUAUCAAAGCAGAUGUGGAGAAACAAAUGCCCAAGAAAUAUGAGCAUGUUGUGCGCUGUCGUCUCUCCAAAAGACAACGCUUCCUCUAUGAUGACUUCAUGGCACAGGCCUCAACGAAGGAAACCCUAGCCAGUGGACAUUUCAUGUCUGUAAUCAACAUCUUGAUGCAGCUGCGUAAAGUGUGUAACCAUCCUAACCUGUUUGAUCCACGGCCAAUCCAGUCUCCCUUUAUCACUGAGAAUAUAACCUACUCCACUGCCUCCCUGGUUCUGAAGGCCUUAGACACGUCCCCUUUCCAGCGCUGUGACCUCUCCAUGUUUGACCUGGUCAGUCUGGAAGGCCAUGUCUCUCGGUACCAAGCAGAUGUUUACCUUCCUCAAAGGAAAGUAACACGCCAGCUGAUACAGGAGAUCAUGGAGUCCCCUGAGCCUUCACCCAGACCUAAACCUAUUCGCAUGAAGGUCAACAGGAUGUUUCAGCCACUCCCCAAGCCUGAUGGACGUUCAGCAACGACUUCAAAUAACCCACGGCCCACAUGUCCGGUCUCUCCCGCAGUCCAGCCUCUGCGGCCACCUCUAAUUACAGAAGUCACUCAUACUCAGGCUCCUGUACAGCCGACACCUCAAGUGUCCCCUGCCACUCCUGUUGCUGCUCCACAAGCUCCUGCGUGCCAAAGUGUUACCUCCACGGGGUCUGCGAACCCAGUUAUGAGUAUUCGGCAUGCAGCACCUUCCACUACCCCAACGGUGUCUGUCACCCCUCAACCCCCCAGCAAUGUCAUGACACAGAGGGUGCUUCUCAGCCCUGAUAUGCAGGCCAGAUUACCAUCUGGAGAGGUGGUGAGUAUUGCCCAGCUGGCCUCCUUGGCUGGUCGUCCAGUGUCGUCCAGUCAGGGCAGUAAGCCCGUCACAUUUCAACUGCAGGGUAACAAACUCACCCUAUCUGGUGCUCCGCUCCAAGUGCCCGUUGCCCAGCCACGGUCCAUUCAAGGAAAUGUAAUGCAUCUGGUAUCCAGCGGUGGGCAGCACCACCUUAUUAGUCAGCCAGCUCAGGUUGCAGUUCUCCAUACACUUAGUCAGUCAGGUAGCAUCUCAACAAAUCCCAACCCAACCAGCACAAUCCCAGCCUGCUCUGGACUAGCGGUACCCCUCACUGCUGCUCAAGUUCCAUCACCCAGGGUAAGCGGACCAGGAAUUGUUAAGAUUGUCGUUCGCCAAGCAGCAGGCAAAGAAGGUGGGCAGGUCCCCACUCUGGCUGUGCCCCCAUCUCCUCGUGUUGCCCCUCCUCAGUCAGUUUUGUUGCACCCACAUGGGACCCAAAGCUCUGCUCUUAGACCACCUACUCCUCAACAGCCUUCCCAGCGACUUCCUGUUCACCCUGCUCCCCCUCAAGCUCCUACCUCAAGCCCUGGCCAACCUCCACCUUCACGUUCUGUGCUCAAGGUGGUGGAGGGAACAUCCCCAAGCACAGGGAUAGCUAAGGCAAAUGCUUCAUUAGGGGUUGAAGAGAGCAGUAGUGAUGUUAUUACUCUUAAACCUAUGUCCUCAUCCCAAAGCCGUACACCUGGAUUUCAGCGUCCCCGAAUCCAGCCUCCACCUCGAAGCCCAUUUUACAUGUCAUGGCUCGCAGAUCGUCGUAAAGCCCAGAGAGAUGAUCGGAUCUCUCAAAUCUUUCGAGUCAAUGAAUUGCACUGCAAUGCAAAACCUGUGUAUGGUCAAGAGGUUCUGGAUUUUCUCACCUUCCUCCCAGGCCCUAGUCCCACACCGGCUCAACCCAUCCUUAACAGGUGGAGCCACUCGUGUUAUAGUUCUGAUCUCAAUGCUCAAUCCCAGCAUACGAGCGACUACCUGAACCAGAGCAAAACUCUGCAAGAAGCAGUUUACAGCUGUGAGGAAAGACUACACCUGAUGUCUGAGGUCAUAGACAGGUUCACAUUUGUCAUCCCUCCAGUGGAGGCCAAGCCUAUCACCAUGCAUUGCUGCCAUCCACCUCCUUCCCUCAGUUACCAGCAGGCUCUUUUUUCCUCCACACUGUCUGCUCAUCUUUCUCCUCUCAUGCGUAUACUGCACCGCAUUCACUGCAAUAUGCGGACACACUUUCCUGACUUGCGACUUAUCCAGUAUGACUGUGGCAAGUUGCAGACUCUCCAUCAUCUUCUCCGGAAACUGAAGUCUGAAGGUCACAGAGUGCUCAUAUUUACUCAGAUGACCCGCAUGCUGGAUGUACUGGAGCAGUUUCUCAACUACCAUGGGCACAUUUACUUAAGGUUGGAUGGCAGCACACGAGUAGAACAGAGGCAGGCCCUGAUGGAACGUUUCAACGCAGACCGUCGAAUCUUUUGUUUCAUCUUGUCCACCCGGAGUGGUGGUGUGGGAGUAAAUCUGACAGGGGCUGACACGGUGGUGUUCUAUGAUAGUGACUGGAACCCCACCAUGGAUGCUCAGGCUCAAGACCGUUGCCACCGUAUUGGACAAACCAGGGAUGUUCACAUCUAUAGACUGAUCAGUGAACGGACCGUGGAGGAAAACAUUUUGAAAAAAGCCAACCAGAAGAGAAUGUUGGGAGAUAUGGCAAUUGAAGGGGGUAACUUCACAACUGCUUUUUUCAAACAGCAAACUAUCCGAGAAUUGUUUGAUGUGUAUGAAGGGGAAAAGAAGGAAGCUGAAUCAAGUGUACCUCCAUCAGAUGAUGAGGAAGCCAUAAAUAAACAACAAACUACUAUUCUGGAGCAGGCUUUGUGUCGUGCUGAGGAUGAAGAGGACAUAGUAGCAGCUUCCCAAGCCAAAGCAGAGCAAGUGGCUGAGUUGGCAGAAUUUAAUGAAAAUAUUCCUCUGGAUGAUGGUGAGAGCAGGGAUCAGGAAGAGGAGGAACUUUCCAAAGCUGAGCAAGAAAUUGCUGCUCUGGUAGAACAGCUCACUCCCAUAGAGCGAUAUGCCAUGAAUUUUCUGGAGGCGUCUCUUGAGGAUAUUUGCAAAGAAGAACUGAAACAGGCUGAGGAACAGGUUGAAGCUGCAAGAAAAGGAUUAGAUCAGGCAAAGGAGGAGGGUCUAAAGCUACAUCAGUCAUCUGAUAAUGAUGAAGACGACUCAAUGCCUCACACUCCUGAGGAACACCCUCCAGCUCGCCGCACACGCAGACACAGAGAGAAAGGUGCCCCCUCUACAAGGGUCAGUGGCAGGCUUAGAGGAACACCAGCUAAAAUGGAUGAUAUGUCUACAACACAUCCAUCCCCAGACAGAGAGAGAGGGAGGAGAGGGGAGACAAGUGUGAACCGUGCCCCUGGGCCUAGUUCCAGUCUGAAGUCCUCCCAGCCCAGAGAAGUGCCUGAAAGACUCCGUAGUGGUAUGCGAGGUAGAGCAGGAAGUGAAGAUGUGGCCUCCUCAACAUCCACUGCUGGAGGACCUCUGAAACUCCAAAUUGAUCAGCAGCUGUCUGAUUCAGAAAGAUCCAGAGUACCUUCCCAGUAUCACCAGCCUCUCUCUCCAGUGCCUUCAGAUGCUGCCUCUUCAUCAGUAGACCAAAACUCCAGUGGACAAACUUUAACACUAACAAUAUUCAGAGAUACAGGGGAUGAGCAUGGAGCAGAGACAGACACCCAAACCCCACAACAGAUCAUAAGAGAUAGGAGGGCAUCUGUUUCUUCAGAAUCUAUUUGUUCUCCUGAACAUCAGUCAGAGCAGGAUGGCCAGCAUUCACUCUUUCCUUCACUGGCAUCUCCACAUUCUCGUUCACCACGUAAGCGCCAGUCUGCUGAUGAAGAGGUCCUGAAGGGCCUUCCAGAAGAUUCUCCAUUGGCAAAGGUCCUUAGAAAGCUUCCUGGUCGCCUUGUCACUGUGGUUGAAGAUAAGGAACCAAAGCGAAGGAAAAGGGGGGAAUGUGGGAGUGGAGGAGUGCAUACUGAAGGUUCCUCUGAAGAGACAGACCAGGCUGAGUCCUCACAGGAUACAAUUCCCCUUUCACCAACCCAAUCUCUUAAUGAUAAGACUCUUCCAAAAUCACCUUCAGUGUCCCCCCCUGAGACACAGCAAGGACAGGAACAGGCCUCUCCUUCAUCACUCACAAAUCCAGGGAGAGGCUACCACCCUUACUCACCUACACACCAUUCACCAGACAUGCCCGUCCUUCGUAACUUACCGGUGCGCCGGCGUUUGGAGACGGAAUCUCGUAUGGCUGCUCAAUUAGGAGAACAAUUCUUAGGUAGAGGCAGAGGGCUUGAACGACGCACUCCCCUGUCACCAAAGAAACAGGAGCCUAUUUCAUCUAAGGAUGGCAGUACCACUCCUAAUGUUGCAUCUGAUGCUAAUCCAACCUAUUUCUCACCAGGGAAGCGCAAAAGGGGUCGGCCUCCCAAAACGUCACCUAAGCCCCCAGAACCCCCAGAACAGGAUUCCCCUGUGGCACAGAAGUCUGUAAGUGAAGAACACAGUCCACCUCAGUCACCAAAGCGAAAGAGGGGACGGCCUCGCAAAGAUUCCACCACAAAUGCAGUAGACAGUGGUAAACCUGAAAAAGAAACAAGCUGUCCUACAAGCUUGUCAUCUGUGUCACAGGAAAGCCUUUCUGCUGUAAACCUUAACUCACAUAGUUCCAGUCUUGGGCCUUUAAUUGUGCCCUCUGUUCCUGAGUGCCCAACAAUAAACUCUAUAGCUGAUGGUGCCUCUGAAUCAUUUAAAACUGCAGACUCUCCUCAAUCUCCUAAAACAGACACUCAAACCACUCAGUUCAAUACACCUCCACGUCAAAUACCUUGUGAAUCUCAGAUUAAGCAAACAUCCACUCUAGAACUGUCAUCUGAUCACACAAAUUUGAAGGCCACAGCUCCAAACUCUGACUCUCCAGACUUUUCCCUUACAGCUCUACCACAAGUUAUUCAGACAGAAAAUGCCACUCAGACCACCACAGAACCUUCAUCACUACAGCCUGCUACCACUCCAUGUGAGAGUUUUGAUAGCUCUGCUCCUAGGCCUUCCGAAGAGUACAUACCAUCAUCUACAUCCUCAGUUUGUCAAAGCAGUCAAGUAACCACAGUACCCUUGCAGCUCUCAACUGUGUCAGACAAAGGUGUUGUUGCAGAGAUAUCUGUGAAAUCUAAUCAGUGUAAAGCUCAUCCCCAAGUCUCAACUACACCUACUGUAUUGUUGGCACAACCAACACUUGAAAGCAACAUAUCAAGUGUGAGUCCUCCAUUAACCUCUGUUAGUGCCACAUCAACUACAUUUGCCCAGACAUGUGAGCUUCUAUCUGAACCCAUUGUGAAAACUGGUCUUCUUCAGACAUUAUCUGUUCCUGACUUGACUCAGCCUUCUGUUCAACCUGAUAUACCAAUGGAAACUACAUUUAAUCUGGACCAGACAAACACUGCUCUUUCUCAACCUAAGCCUGAACUAACACAAACAGCCCCCACAGAUUCAAACCAAAUACCUAUCGCCCCUCUAUCUUCUCCGGAGUCACUUGAAACUGCAUCUGACACUUCUCAGCAGUCACCUGCUUCUAGGCAGAGAACUACACAUAUGUCAGUACCUGCUGAAGAACAGAGAACUGAGAAUCAGCCAGACCAUAGAGUGUCAAAGGAAGAUGGCUUAAUUCAAUCUGCAGAAGAAAUAGAAACAGACAUCUGUGGAAAGCUUGAGAAAGCAGAGAGAGAUAAUAGCCAGUCUCAGGCAAAAAAGAGGAAAUUGGAAAAUUUGCCAGAGGAUCAGAGGUCUGAUGUACCCUUAAUCUCAGAAACAGUGAUGCAAACUACUUCUGCGAGUGAUGUGGCUGAUAUGCCACAAGAAGAGGAGAGUCAGACAAAGGAGCAAGAGAGCAAAAGCACAGGCAAGAAAAGAAGCAUUUGUCGACAAAGCAGUCAGGAAUCUGUUCGCUCCUCCUCUCCGUCUUCUGUUGCUUCCAGUGGUACUCUCUCAUCUCGGUCAAAAAAGUCUGCAGAGAGCAGUAUGCCAGCAAAGAGAAAGCGAAUGGAGAGAGAUUCAGAAAAAGAUAGCACAGACAGGGGGUCUGGUCAAGAGCAAGUGAAACCUGAGAGUCAGUGUUCCAACUCCACCUCCUCAGAUUCAGAAGACUCCACUGGUCAAGAAAGACGUCUUACUCGUUCAUCACACAAAACUUUGGAGAAGGAGACCAUGAGUGACAAAGGUGACAAGAACAGUAAUGGGCGAAGGCGAUCUGACAAGAAAGCAACCAAAGAAGUGGAGUCCACUGCAGCAACGCCCGCUAGGGUAACCCGUAAAUCCACAGGCACCCAACCUGUUUCACAACUUACUUCUCCGAUCUCAUCUGAGCCCGAAGUACUGGGCAAACGCUGCUCAGCACUCAAUGCCGCUGCUAAACUUUUGGCUAUGAGAGGAAAGGGACCAGAUCCACCAAGUUCCAGUUCCAAAUCUAAGGCUACACAAGGACCGCAACCAACUUCUGAAAAAAACAGUAAGUCUAAAGGCAGACAAGACCAGGACUCCCCUAAGACGAAUUCAGUUAAUAAACCCGAGAAUAGCCGACAAACCCCUACUCGUUUAACAGAUUCCCCGCAGUCCACCACUGGAACAGGACACUCUGCCUCCCGCUCUACUCGGCAGCGACCAGGCAAUCUUGUGCCUCCCUUGGAAACUGAAGCCAAGAGAGCCAAAAAAGAGGAAAAGAAAAAGACUUUAGAUCAGAAAGAGGAAGUAGAGGAAGAAAACAGAGAGACAAGGUCUUCGAGAGGGCAUAGUGCUUGCAGUAGUGUAAGUAGUGAAAGAGGGGCAGGCAGCAGCAGGAGCCGGAGUAGCAGCAACAGCAGCCAGUGCACUCGCAGCUUGAGCUCACGGAGCACUGGUCCACCACACUCGCACUCAAGAGCUCCUUCAUCGGGUAGCGACACUGAGAAAGGGAAAGGCAAGCAGAAGAAAACGGGAGAGAACCGAGGCCGUGAAAGCAGGAGAGAGAGACAUUCAAAAAAUCAUGAGAAGCCAGAGCCCAGUGCAGGAUCAAGUGAGGGAACUCCUGACAGGGUGCUGAGGAGUGUUGCUGCGCUGGCAGCAGCUCAGGCUCGCACUCCAGCUAGCAACACCCGUUCCUCCUCCAAUCAACAACGGCACUCCAAAACUUGAUUUAGAACAAGAGAGAUAAUGACCGAGAACUGCAGUAAUGAGAGGAAGGUUUUUACGGGUUUUAAGGAACGGGGAUCAAACUUGCCAUUCUUUAACACUGUCUGUGAGACGUCAAAUUGAGUCUAUUGCACUUUGCAAUAAGAACUAAACUUGGGUGCAUUCUAUUAAGCCAUCUUGAGUGUGGAGAGGAAAUGGAGAUGCAGGACAGAUGGGAAGAAGGUUACUCAUUAAAAAUAUGGCAUUGGUAUGGUCUUGGUAAUGAGAUCAAAAGGAUUGUACCUAACUAUACCACAAGGACUUUGGACAGCUGGGCAAGGGGCAAGAGUUGUUUAGUUCACACUAUGUACUGUAAUCAUUUAAAGACUGGAAUACUAAAAGAAGUAUCUGUUAAGAUGGGUCAAGUGUACCCUUUAUACAGAGUUUACUUGUGCUGCAAAGGUGAUCGCAUAAAGUAAUUUAUGCUACAUUUGAAAGAUUGAUUGUUAAAACAUUUUUAAGCAGUUGGGCUAUGACGAAAUGUUUGCCUAGCUGUUGACUAUUGUUUGUUUCAAGUCAGUUGAUAAAUUAAGAAUAUUCUGUGGUUUCUUCCAGGGUAUGAAGAGAGCAGGUCUGUAAAUGUGAUUUUGCUGCACUAUGCUGGAGUUAGUCUCUACUCAGACCUCCUUGUCUUGUGUAAUUUUUUUUUUCCCUAUCAGUUACUUUUAAGUCCAGCCUGCAUUUCUCCAUUUGCACAUCUUACAUAAUACCCCUGGAUAGUUUUUUUUUUUUUUUUUUUUUUUUUUACAUCGCUUUCAAUCAAGUUAAUUAAUUACUGGUACCUCACACUAUGUACAUCUUUGAGCUUGUGAAAAGUCUUGAAUUCUGCUUGUCCUUUACUUUCUGGCAAUAUGGAGAUGAAAUGCAACCUCAUUUUUUCACCUUUUCCAAAGUAUUAGUGGUCAACUUUCUAUUAAACUUUGUUGUCGAACAGUCUCAAGUUAGUGUGACAAAGUGAGAGUGCCUGUUGAUCCACAUAGGACUGGAUCCCUGUAUGCCUUGUUAAGAAAACAAAUUUGGGCUUCAAAGAUUUUUAGUGUUUAAAGUGUAAGAAAGAAAUUUUCCAUCCAGAACCACAGGAGGUACAUCUGUGUUAAAGUCCAACCAAACUGAAAACACCUCUUCAGUGUAGAAUGCUGUUGUCAUCUUUUUUUUGUUUUUUUGCUUCAUCCUUUUUAUGAUAAACUCAAAAGAAAGUCUCCUGCUAAACCUUUUUGAUUUUUUUUUUCCAUCAGAACCUUGACAGUUCCUGUCGUUAUCCCAUUUUGGGGUACACACUUGUUUUGGGGAAUGGGUAGAAUGUGGUGAUAGUCUUAUUAUUUUGUCUCUUUGAAUUUGUUACAUUCCUUUUGUUCCCAUGUAAUUCCACAUUGUUUUACUUGAAAGAUUGAAACAACAAAAGUCAGUUGAAUAAAAAGACCAAAAAUAUCAA